UUUAAUGAAGCAGGAGACCAAGUGGCAAUGUAUUCUGAUCUUAAUUAUACGUCAGCUGUCCGAGAUGUAGCCUUUCAUCCUCAUGAGCACAUGGUGGCUUUUUGUGCCUUUGGACCAAAUCAGCCUAUACUUGUCUUUAUUUACGAUCAGAAAGUUGCUCAAAUGGAGGCUGAGACUAUGAAAGAAGUGUGUAAGGCAAGCUUGAAGUCUGGAAACACAUCUACACCAAAGGGACCUAGGAUUUUUAGCGGCACUUUUGAUAGUACUUUUGAUAGUAGCACUGUAUAUAAUGGCUCGUUUUCUUCAAUUAGUCAUUCAUCUAGGAUAUCAAUGAAAAUGCAAAAAGUCAAACAGAAACUGGAUACAGUCAUGGCAUCAGUACAACAGAGCACUUCAGAAAUGGAUUUUGCAAACCAAGGAGUGGCUCCAAUGAUGCCAUUGGAUAUGAUUUCGGAUUCCUCUUUUAGUUCUGUGGGCAAUCACUACUACAAUAGUACCCGGUCAAAUCUCCUUCUUCCUGCCCCAUCACUGUUGUCACCACACUCCAAACUGAGGCUUCCAACUACUGUGGGUGCUCAGCUGUUAUCACAGCAGUCGCUGACCUCACAGACUGGUGGAUUCAGUCCUGUUGGACAUCGCUUUGGCAGAGCUCCAUCAGUCAAACUAGAGAAGGUAGGAACUAUAUCAGUUUCCAUCUUUGCUGCUGAGAAGUCUUAUAAUUUUGUCUAG